CGAUGGGACAAAGAGAUUCAUGGAAAAGAAGAAAAGCGUCCACAAACUCUUUGCUCUGAACAGGUUCCUGCUGGGGCCCCCGCUGUACCUGACACAGGACGGCCACCCUGAGGGGCCCCGCUGUACCUGACACAGGACGGCCACCCUGAGGGGCCCCUGCUGCCCCCACUACCUCCCCUGAAACCAUCAGUUCAUCCACACAGUUUUAAUUAUUGAUUCAAGUAAUUUUUCAACAAGCUUCCUCCCCUCCCUUCCUUUCCUCCCUUCCUCUCCUCCCUUCCUCUCCUCUCCUCCCCUCCUCUCCUCUUCUCCUCUCCCCUCCCCUCUCCUCUCUUCCUCCCCCUCUUUCCUCUCCCCUCCCCUCUCUGUGUCAGUAUAUAAACAGAGAGGAGCUGGCGUCGGGCAGACAGACCCUCUCCCACUGUCAGGACCAGGACCAGGAUCAGGAUCAGGACCAGGAUCAGGAUCAGGACCAGGAUCGGGAUCAGCAGAGCGGAGCAGGCUGGAGCCCUGGUACUCGUACACCCACUGGUUCCCCAUGGCCUCGUCCCAUGUGAUGAAGGAGCCGGAGCCGGUGCCCAGGAUGCAGCCGGCCAUGAUGAUGUUCUCCAGCAAAUACUGGGCCAGGAGGGGUCUGUCGCUGGACUCGGCCAUGUUCGACCACCAGCAGCAGCGGCACACCGGGGGGCAGAUGUCUCGGCGUCCAUCCUUCUGUCCCAUCGGUGAGAAGCCAGACAAAGAGGGCGGGGAGGAUUCUGGGAAAACAGCGGUGGUGUUUUCUCUGAAGAAUGAGGUCGGCUGUUUGGUCAAAGCUCUGAGACUCUUCCAGGAGAAGCGAGUGAACUUGAACCACAUUGAGUCCAGGAUGUCGAAGCGAGUCACGAACGAGGUGGAGAUCUUUGCUGACUGCAGCUGCAGUAAGAAGGAGUUUAACGAGUUGUUGGAGCAUCUCAAAGAUCACGUCAACAUCAUCUCCUUCAACACGCCUGCACACGUCUGGUCAGCUGAGGCAGAUGGAGACGACGUUCCCUGGUUUCCGAUGAAGAUCUCGGAGCUGGAUCAGUGCUCUCACCGGGUGCUGAUGUACGGCUCGGAGCUGGACGCCGACCAUCCUGGCUUUAAGGACAACGUUUAUCGUCAGCGGAGGAAAUACUUCGUGGAAGUGGCCAUGAAUUAUAAACAUGGACAGCCCAUCCCUCGUAUUGAGUACACCCUUGAGGAGGUGAGGACGUGGGGGGUGGUGUUCAGAGAGCUGACCAAACUGUACCCGACUCACGCCUGCAGAGAAUACCUGAAAAACCUGCCGCUGCUCACCAAGCACUGCGGCUACAGGGAGGACAACAUCCCCCAGCUGGAGGACGUCUCGCUCUUCCUCAGAGAGCGCUCUGGUUUCACCGUGCGACCCGUCGCGGGUUACCUGUCCCCCAGAGACUUCCUGGCCGGUCUCGCCUACAGAGUCUUCAACUGCACUCAGUAUGUCCGACACAGCACCGACCCGCUCUACACACCUGAACCCGACACCUGUCACGAGCUGCUGGGUCACGUGCCGCUGCUCGCCGACCCCAAGUUCGCUCAGUUCUCUCAGGAGAUCGGUCUGGCUUCACUGGGAGCGUCGGAUGAGGACGUUCAGAAACUGGCCACGUGUUAUUUCUUCACUAUUGAGUUUGGACUCUGCAAACAGGACGGUCAGCUGAGAGCGUACGGAGCCGGGCUGCUGUCCUCCAUCGGAGAGCUGAGGCAUGCCCUGUCCGAUCAGGCCUGCGUGAAGAUGUUUGACCCGAGGACGACCUGUAACCAGGAGUGUCUCAUCACCACAUUCCAGGAAGUUUACUUUGUCUCUGAGAGCUUCGAGGAGGCCAAGGAGAAGAUGAGGGAGUUUGCUAAGACGAUAAAGAGGCCGUUCUCCGUGUACUACAACCCGUACACUCAGAGCGUCGACCUGCUCAAAGACACGCGCAGCAUCGAGAACGUGGUGCAGGACCUGCGCAGCGACCUCACCACCGUCUGCGACGCUCUGGGCAAGAUGAACACCUACAUGGGAAUCUGAGGCCGGCGCCCGCCUCCCCUCUGAGCUCCGAUUGGUUCACACCGUCAGAGACGCGACACCAACGCUUCUGCAGAGCAUCACCUCUUUGUCCAUGUUGCUUGUUGACUCACUGGGCUGUGGCUAAACCUGAGUCACCCAAAUUAUCACAAGCUGCCCCAAACUGUUUUUACCCUCCCAGUAAAACAAACCGUCCCCAUCUGGGUCCACACUGGUGACACUGGUUUGACGCAGCCUGAUUUCUGUCCUGUCAGAGAUGUGGACAUCUUCAAUAAUCCAAGUGGUUUAUUUUAGCAAAUGAUCACUGAGUCCACUGAGGUUCAGUCUCAUUAUUAUUACACUUUAAUUAUUAUUAUUUACUGUGCAUCAUUAAAUGUGUUCUAAUACACGUGUCAGGGUUUUGGUCCAUCUGCAUCGGACACAGUGAAGUUACAGCUGUCCACACUAAAUCAGACCUGAGGACAGACACGAGGACAGACCUGAGGACAGACACAAGGACAGACCUGAGGACAGACACGAGGACAGACACAAGGACAGACACGAGGACAAACCUGAGGACAGACACGAGGACAGACACAAGGACAGACACGAGGACAAACCUGAGGACAGACACGAUGACAGACGUGAGGACAAACCUGAGGACAGACACAAAGACAGACACGAUGACAGACGUGAGGAAAAAAAAGACGAGGAGAAGGUUUCAUUCCCUGUGUCCUUUAACAGACAGACUUUGACAAACUUCGGACCGGACGUCAGUUUCAGUUGACGCUGGAUGUCUCUGGACGGACAGAGUGUCCACAGGUCACUGUCCUCUCACCAACCUGACCGUGAUGUUGUGUUUUUGCUUCUGUGCAGUGCAGGAAUAAAACGCUGGGUGUGUCGUUGUGUGGUGUGCAGCACA